CGUGGCAGUAAAUAACAAUCAUAAUUCCCUCCCCUAGGCGAUGACUUUGUGAAAAACGGAGAUGUUUAUUCUAGUGAUUGCCGGCGGCACCUGUUGGUGAACGGAAUGUGCAAAGAAAAAAAACCACAACAUACCCGUCCCUCCCCAUUGUGUGAUGAUAACACGACGUAGUAGAGAUCGUAGCAUCUGCAAGCACAUUAGUUAGUCCGAUGUGGGCAUCCUGCUAGUGAGCAGCCACUCGUGGUCACUGUUCAUCACUGUGCAUAAAAUAUCAGUCGCUUUGUAUUUAAGUGGUUGCGCAUUCAAAUAAGUUCGUGCCUUUGAUUGCUCCGACAAUAUCGAACCACCAGGCAGACUGAUAAUCCCGUCAUGUUUCUGCGCAGUGUACUUCGGCAUUUGGGCCGUCGGCCACCAGGCACUUUGAGAACGCCGAUUCGCACACUUGCCUCAAACAGCCGCGAAGUGCCGGCCCUCACCCGUGACCGCUACCAGGCACAGCGUGGUGCCUUCUCCGAGCUCUGCGAUGAAGAUGUGGCCGUUUUCCGCGGCAUUCUCGGUGGGCCGGAUUCGAGCCGCGUGUUGACCGGGCCGGACGAGGUCCAGGGCUACAACAUCGACUAUCUGCGAAGCGUGCGCGGCUACGGUCGGGUUGUGCUGAAGCCACGGACGACGGCCGAAGUGGCUGAGCUGAUGCGCUACUGCAACGAGAGACGGCUGGCCGUGUGUCCGCAGGGUGGAAAUACGGGACUGGUUGGCGGAUCGGUGCCCGUGUUUGAUGAGGUUGUCCUGUCGCUGCAGCUGAUGGACACCGUGGAGCGCAUCGACGAGUACUCGGGAAUCGUGGUGUGUCAGGCGGGAUGUGUGCUAGCGUCGCUCGAGGAGAAGGUCGGUGCCCACGGCCUCAUAAUGCCGCUGGAUCUGGGAGCCAAAGGUUCAUGCCAUAUCGGCGGAAACGUGUCGACAAAUGCGGGAGGCUUGCGGUUGGUGCGGUAUGGAAAUCUGCACGGUUCGGUGUUGGGUGUUGAGGCGGUUACCGCCGAAGGACGCGUGCUCGAUCUUAUGUCAAAUUUCAAGAAGGACAACACGGGAUACCAUCUGAAGCAUCUGUUCAUCGGCUCCGAGGGCACGCUCGGGAUCAUCACCCGCCUGUCCAUCUUCUGUCCGACCGCUUCCCGCUCGGUUAACAUUGCCUUCCUCGGGCUGCGCAGCUACGACGACGUCAAGCAGACGUUCCUGGCGGCCAAGCGUGGGCUGGGAGAGAUCCUCUCGUCCUGUGAGAUGAUCGACGCCCCGUCGCUGGACAGUUGCACCCGGUUCUUCAAUCUACAGUCACCAAUCGAAAAAUACCCCUUCUACAUGCUGAUCGAAACAUCCGGAAGCGACGCUGGGCACGACGAAGAGAAGCUAACGCGAUUCCUGGAGCAGUCUAUGGAGAAGGGUUUGGUGGAGGACGGAACGGUGACGGGAGAACCGACGAAAAUGAAGAAUAUCUGGAAACUUCGCGAACUGAUUGCGGACAGUCUGCUGAGCGACGGUUACUGCUUCAAGUACGAUCUUUCGCUGCCAUUGGACCACUUCUACGAGAUCGUGCUGGCGGUACGGGAACGGGUCGGCGAGCAUGCGAUCAACGUCACCGGAUACGGCCACAUUGGUGACUCGAACCUUCACCUGAACGUGUCAUGCGCCCGUUUUACGCCGGAAAUCUACGCCCUCCUGGAACCGUUCGUGUAUGAGUAUACAUCGCGCUUGCGGGGCAGUGUAAGCGCCGAGCAUGGCAUUGGAUUCCUCAAGCGGAAGUACCUGCACUAUUCGAAGCAAGCGGAACCUCUACGGCUGAUGCGCCAGAUGAAGCAACUGCUGGAUCCGAACGGAAUCCUCAAUCCGUACAAGGUGCUACCGCCCGAAACCCCAACGAAGGAAUCGGCCGGACAUUGAUUGUGAUUUCGAGUGCCACGAACAGCGGUCUCUGCCUGCUGUAAAUUUGAAUUUGAUGGUGAAGGAAUAAGAAAUUGGGGUAGAAGUUGUAAAAUUUUUAAUAAAACUGGAGAUUGCACUUUAGAUUAUUGUUUUUGUGCAAUUUGCAUGUACGCGUUACAUUAUAUACAGGGACACCCACGACAGUAAACUUAUUUACCGAUACCGAUUUACAAAAAUGCGUAGGGACUU